AUGGUCUGCACCGCGAACUCCUGUGCUGUCUGUCUAGUGUUGUGUCUUGUCUUUCGCGUCACCUUUGCAGCCGAACUAAAUCCUGUCUUUGCCAUUAAUUGUGGUGGUGAUGCACACGUCGAUAGCAAUGGUGUGUGGUAUGCCGCAGACUUUAAUAAUCGUGGUAUUGCUUCUGGUCAUGGGCUAAAUUUGGUGAUGCACAGAGCACAUGAGUCCGACGCAGUUUUGUAUCAAACAGAACGGUACGAUACCUCGUCAUUUUAUUAUGAGUUCCCUCUUCCCGCUGACGGUCAGUACGUGUUGCACUUAAAAUUUUCGGAGGUUUGGUUCCAGCAUCCCAAUGGAAAAGUCUUUUCUGUCGAAUUGAAUGGUGGCUUAAGAAUAAUCAAGGACCUGGACAUUUUUCAGAAAGUUGGGUUUUCCGUAGCUCACGAUGAAAAUAUACCUUUUACCAUUAGAGAUGGUAGCAUAGUCGUGGGAGACGCUAUUGUGAAACUAUCAAGUGAUGAAAAGUUGCGGAUAACUUUUGUAAAGGGUAGUCACGAUAAUCCCAAAGUGAAUGCAAUUGCAUUGUUUAAGAACUCCAUCGAGGAUAUUCCCAAAUUGCCUCCACAGGAUUUCUUAGAAGAGGAGGAUAGUUUUCAUCCACAAGUCUCACUACCACCAUCAACAUUGUCACAUCUUCAAGAGAGUGGUGCUGAAAAUGACGAGGAUUCCUCUUGGAGAUCUCGACGACUCCCUAUGCCCUCGUCAUUGGAAAAACCUCCUGCGCCGGACCCCUAUGCUUCUGCUGAUUACUCCGUCUACGUCCUACCUAUUUUAAUCGCUGUAGCUACCUUUCUACCACUCAUUUUCUGCUUGUACAGGUUCUAG